UAUCUAUAUUUAAGAUAACAGAUAUCUUGGAAUAAUGAUAACGCCAUUGUUUGAAAUCACACAAGAUGAUAUAUUCCUGUAUAUCAUGAUUAAAGCUCCUUAUUCCAAAGUAUCAGAAGCAGAUAUAUACAUAGAGGAUGGAAGCUUUAGAUUCCAUGCAAAGCCAUACUUUUUACGGCUCAGUUUUUCUGCCUCACUCACUGAAGAUGACAGAGCAAGCUGUGUUUAUGAUGUUGAAAAUGGAGAGUAUAAACUAAAAAUAGCUAAAACUGAUCCUGGAACACAUUUUGAAGAUCUUGAUAUGUUGACCAAAUUAUUGACACCAGCAGGAGAGAGACAGGUGAAGAAACCAUUGAUUGAAGUUAUUGAGAAUGACGAUAAUGACGGAAUCGGUGAAGAUGAUGAGCAGUUUGAUUGGAGUUAUCCUCAAUUUCUUCCCAACAAUGAACCAACAGAAUCUUUGAUCGGAUGUGGAUAUGGAUUUGCCAAUUCGAAGUCUGGUGUAUUUUCAAAACUUCAAGAAGACAUUCACGAUGUGAUACAAAUCCGAAAUAUAGAACAAUCGUCUAUAGAAAGCAGAAGUUCUGAAAGAGUUGAAUAUGAAAAUGAUAAAUUUAAUCCGGAACAUUAUUUAGCUGAUUUAUUCGAAGAAACAAAUAUUGAAGAAUUGAUCAAUUUGACUCCACCUUGGAAAACUGCUAAAGCUGAUGGAAUCAAUUUUAGUGAGAAAGAUAAAUUUAUUUUGAAGAAUUUUCCGAAUAUAGAAUAUCUUCUUGAUAAAGCCCAAACGCAAUCUGUUUAUAUGGGUCUUGUAGACAUUUUAUUCAGUUAUGCUUACAAUUGGAGAUGUACGGAAGGUGAUUACAGUGUGGAGUCACCUUGGAAUAUAAGGACUGUAAGCACCACUUUAUCAUGGUGUGCUACUGAUUCGCUUAUUCACAAAACUUUAAUAAACUCGUACAGACGAUGCUUGAUAUUUCCUCUGUAUAGAAAUUGGAAAUUGACAAAGGCAUGUCAUAAGGAUGUUGCAAAAAUUUUGUUGAACGGCAAGAAGUUUAUUUUAAAAUGCUUGUUGCAAAUUCAUGACUUAUUCGCAAAUAGCGAUCCAUAUUAUGUGCUCAAUGAUAUCUAUAUAAGAGAUUAUUGCAUUUGGAUACAAAAGUCUGGACCAGAUGUUAUACAAUCUUUAUCCAAAGCUGUUAAAGAAGUGAAAAUCAAGAAAAAAGAAGUUGAACUUGAUCUUGUGGAGUUGGAAAAAGCCGCACAUUUAAUGUUGGAGGAACAAGAAUCCGAGGAAUCAGAACAUUCAUUAUCGGUAAAAGAUUCUACAGAUGAAAUAUCAUGUAAAAUUGAAGAAUUGAAAAUAUGAUUGGAUAAAAGAAAGUCAUGUCUGUGCUAAAGUGUCUGUGAAUAGUGUGAACACUAUGGAAACAAAUUUGCUUCAGAACAGGCAGAGUCUCGAAGUUGGAAUCACAAUUUAUUGAUGAUUGUGGACCCCAGUGGCCACCUCCUCUUUUGGAAAUUCGAUGGCCCUUCGAAACCCUACUGAACACAGUUCAAUGUCCGCGUGGUAUACCUUCAUAUCCAUUCUAACGCUACUGAUUUUUUUCUCGGAUUAUGAUAUUUCUUCCUGGAUAUUUUAUUGCAGAUGUCGGAUAUUUCUAACUGUGAUAGAGCGGGCAGUAUAUCACAACUCGGUGGGCGCGUGCCGUGUGCUAGCCACCGCACCCCUGAUUACCCCGCCUAAGAAAAUAUAAUCCUAUCAAGGUCAUAGCUGGCUCCAAAUUUGAGAUGGGGUGGCGAGACUGUUUUCUGCGACAUACUUGCCAAUAGAUUCUACUGUUUGUGAAGUCUAUAGCCCUCGUGGUAAGCACUUGCAAUAGUGCACGAGAAAUCCUCCUGCGUUCUCAAAGUGUCAUGAAUUGUGUUAUGUUUGAAUUCAGUAUAUACCUUUGGCGAUUAAUAUUUGUGCUGCAUGCAGGAUUUCUAGAUUGUGUGAUUAAUACAUGUUCU